AUGCCCAAGCCCAUCACCUUCAAGCCCGGCUCGAAGAUCAAACUUGCCGAUAUCGAUCCGCGCCACGUCGAGGGCGAUUGGACGAAGGAGUCGGCGCACGAGCGGAACAAAGAGAACACCGAGCGCUCGCGCGACUUGGCUUACCGGCUCUACGCCGAGAACCGGCGGGCGCUGCUCUUGGUGCUGCAAGGGAUGGAUACGGCGGGCAAGGACGGCACCAUCCGCACCGUGAUGACGGGGAUCAACCCGCAGAGCUUCCAUAUCCAGUCGUUCAAGCAGCCUAGCCCCGAAGAGCUCGACCAUGACUUUCUGUGGCGAAUUCACAAGUCGGUCCCGCGGCGCGGCGAGAUCGGCAUCUUCAAUCGUUCUCACUACGAAGACGUGCUCGUGGUGCGGGUCCACAACCUCGUUCCGGAGGAUGAAUGGAAGGGACGCUAUGAGCGGAUCAACGAGUUCGAAAGGCUGUUGGUUGAGGGUCGAGAAGAGCAACGCGAGCGGCUGCAGGCGCGGCUCGACAACCCUGACAAGCGUUGGAAGUUCAGCUCGGGCGACCUCGCCGAACGGAAGCUGUGGGGAAAGUACCAGGAGGCUUACGAGGACGCCCUCGAGAAGUGCAACACCGAGCACGCCCCGUGGCGCAUCAUCCCCUCGGACCGCAAAUGGUACCGCAAUCUCAUCGUGAGCGAGCUCGUCAAAGACACGCUCGAAGCGAUGGACCCGCAGAGGGCGAUCGUGUCCAUCGUUGAAGAAGCGAUUCGUUCGGCGAAGCGAUUGUCGAAGGCCGCCAGCGCUUUGUCGUUCGACGCGCCGGUGACGCAUGUCUACAACCCGCUCGCUUACGCUUGGAAGCCCCACGAGGCCUACGUGCUGCGGCUGAACCCCAAGGGCGUGCGGGUGUUGUUCCUCGGGAUGAACCCCGGGCCGUGGGGCAUGGCGCAGACGGGCGUCCCCUUUGGCGAGGUCGCGUCGGUGCGCGAUUGGAUCGGCAUCGAAGAGCCCGUGAAGCGGCCCGCCGCUGAACACCCCAAGCGCCCCAUCGAGGGCUUUGCUUGCCAGCGCAGCGAGGUCUCGGGCCAGCGACUGUGGGGACUCUUCCGCGAGCGCUUCGGGACUUCCGCCAAGUUCUUCAAAGAACACUUCGUCGCCAACUAUUGCCCGCUGGUCUUCAUGACCGAAAGCGGCAAGAACCACACGCCCGACCAUCUUCCGAAGUCGGAGCGCAAGCCGCUCGACGCGGCAUGCGACAAGCACUUGGCCGAACUGCUACAGGUCACCAACCCCGAGUGGGCGGUCGGCGUCGGCAAGUACGCCGAGGCGUGCCUCAAUCGCGUCGCGAGCGACUCGGUGCGGGUGACGACGGUCCUCCAUCCGAGCCCGGCGAGCCCGGCCGCCAACCGCGGUUGGGCCCCGGCGGCGACCCGGCAGCUGGUCGAAUCGGGGGUGUGGGAGGCGUAA